AUGAGCCUCUGAAAGAAGCAUCUGGAGGGAGACUUGUUUCUCUCCUGGCAGCAGCAAAAGCAGCUACUUCUUCUGGACCCUGCCGGAGCCCCCGCUCGGGUCAACCCACCUGGCAGCCAUGAAUGCAUCGUGCUGCCUGCCCUCUGCUCUCCCAACGCUGCCCAACGGCUCCGAGCACGACCUGGCCCCCUCCUUGGGCAACCAGAGCAGCCAUAAGUUCUGCGAGCAGGUCUUCAUCAAGCCUGAGGUCUUCCUGGCGCUGGGCAUCGUCAGCCUGCUGGAAAACAUCCUGGUCAUCCUGGCCGUGGUCAGGAACGGCAACUUGCACUCCCCCAUGUACUUCUUCCUCUGCAGCCUGGCGGCGGCCGACAUGCUAGUGAGCCUGUCCAAUGCCCUGGAGACUGUCAUGAUCGCCGUGGUCAACAGCAACUACCUGGCCUUUGAGGACCGGUUCGUCCAGCACAUGGACAACGUCUUCGACUCCAUGAUCUGCAUCGCCCUGGUGGCCUCCAUCUGCAACCUCUUGGCCAUCGCUGUGGACAGGUACGUCACCAUCUUCUACGCGCUCCGCUACCACAGCAUCAUGACGGUGAGGAAGGCCCUGGGCUCCAUCGCGGCCAUCUGGGUGGGCUGCGGCGUCUGCGGCGUGGUCUUCAUCGUCUACUCCGAGAGCAAGAUGGUCAUCGUGUGCCUCAUCACCCUGUUCUUCGCCAUGCUCCUGCUCAUGGGCACCCUCUACGUGCAAAUGUUCCUCUUCGCCCGCCUGCACGCGCAGCGCAUCGCCGCCCUGCCGCCCGCCGACGGCGCGGUGCCCCCGCCGCACUCGUGCAUGAAGGGGGCUGUCACCAUCACCAUCCUGCUGGGGGUGUUCAUCUUCUGCUGGGCCCCCUUCUUCCUGCACCUCGUGCUCAUCAUCACCUGCCCCACCAACCCCUACUGCAUCUGCUACACGGCCCACUUCAACACCUACCUGGUCCUCAUCAUGUGCAACUCCGUCAUCGACCCCCUCAUCUACGCCUUCCGGAGCCUGGAGCUCCGCAACACCUUCAAGGAGAUCCUCUGCAGCUGCCACGGCCCGGCCCUGGGGUAG